AUGUCUACCAUAUCAGAAACUGUGAGUUAUUUUAUAACGGAUUCUAAAUUUUAUAAUUCUCAUUACAGCAGACAAAACGGGAGGGAGUAGUGGCCAAUUUAAAGUCGAUUAGAGUUGGAAAAACAAAGUUGUUGGCCAUGCUUGGAUCUCUAAAGGAAGCGGAGCAAAGAGGAGAGGUGGGUCCCAAUCAUAAAGAUCAUAGUUAUUUUAGGAGAUCGAUAAAACAUUGAUCGGCCAGUUGGUGGAAGCCUAUGAUAAAUUGAAGAUUCAGGAAGAUGAAUAUCUGACAGUUCUUAAGGAUAUCAUCCAACAACAUUUUGUUGAAUAUAAGGCGGAGAAGACUCGAGUAGAAAAAGAAAGGGAAGCAGAAGAAACAGUUUUGCAACCUGUGAGAACUGAGGAAGAACAGAAGCUUCUGGACGAGUUCUUGAAAGAGAUCGAUGAAGUGGAAGAGAGCGCCCGCGCAGCUUAUGAUCGAAACGAAGAAUUGAUGAAUAAAUUGAGGGAAAAGUUGGAACAGGUAGUUUUUUUGAUUGCAAUCAUAUAAAGUAAUUGUAGAAACAAGUUAUCGAUCACUUAAACAAUGUGAAAGAGGCGGAGUUAGACAAAACCAUGGCUGCAAAAGAAAGAGGUAGGUUUUGAGUAAUACAAGUUAAGGAUAUUAUUCAGUAUUGGCCGAAAAAGAGGCGUUGGCAAGGGCUGAACAAGUUCGGGAUCGUCUGAAGAAAGAAUUCCUGAAACGAGGGUUGGCCAAACGAAGUGAUGAACCCCUGGCUGAAGAGAUACUCCCCUCUGACUGUAGUGAACGAGUCCCUGAGAUUCCAAAGUUCUUGCCGGAACCUCGCUCGGAGGAAGAGAAAGCAAUGAAUGAGAAGAUUCAGAAGCACAUUGAAUCCAUAAAAACUCGCAGACAGAGGAUGAAGGAGUGUGGUCUUAGACUGAAUGACAUGAUGGACAUCAGUCAGAAUAUACAACAGGCCGUUGUUCGUACGAGGUAAGCUUAAUCUACAGAUAUUCGUCAAUGAAUUGAUUCCUGAUCUAUCAUUGUUACAGUAAUAUUGGUGAGUUGCAAAAGAAGUUGGAGGACCUAAAGACAGCAGAGUCCGAACAAACGGAGGAAAGGUGAGGGCCGAACCGAUUUGUUUUAAUAUCAGGGGUCAUCUCGAACUGGUGUAAAGUGGAUUACAUCAAAGAGAGGGGCGAAGGAUGGUGUUCACAUUCCGGAGACGUCAUCUGUUCGGGGGUGAGGGAAUGGUGGCCAGAUGAUGCACUCCCUGGACAGAUGCGCUCCCUCCCCGCGCCUCUCUUUGUGAUCAGCUCUAAUCCGGCACGCCUGUUACUUACUUUCUUCGGGCUAACUCUCGGAUGGAUCUAUCUGGUCAGUCUCUGGCCCCGCCUUUCUCGAGGAGGAUCGAUGGCAUCCUCUUGUCUUCUCGAAAACUUUCAGUCUGUUCCCUGACACCCGGCCGAUCGGCGGCUCAUUGCUUCAGGUCAUUGCCAUCUCUAUCUUUAGAUAUUCACCUUAUGUUCGAGCUCUUUCUCGGCGUAUAUUCCUCGUGAUUAGUCGCACCACUCUAGUGCUGACCCCCUGGUUAAGUGAAUACUUUGCCACAGUCUUAGAAUAUGGCAUAGCUGGGCCAAGGUUCGCUUAAACCGGUGUAAAGUCAGCGUAUCUUUCUUCUGGCAAAUACUGUAAUAUUUUUAACACAUUUUUUAGCCCUGCGAAUUAA